UUGGGUUGGCUUUCAAACAACUACUCAGCCCACUGCCAAUAUUAUCCCUUGCGUACUCUCACUAAAGCCCGCACCAUUGAAUUCUUACAAAUGCACAACCGACUGCAACAUCCAACAACCGUCGCUGACCCCAUUUCUCACUUGUUGAACCAAUUGUCC